AUCUUUGGAAACACCUACGCAAUGCAACACCUGGGUGAGACAAGAGUACAAAGGUGGAAACAGAAACGAGUGGUUUUAUUUCAUUACAACUGCUUAUACCGGUCAGAGGAAUCUUGUUGAUCGUCGUUGGGUUUAUUACUAGAAGCCGUCAUAAAGGCUACCUUUAACAGUCAGCUCAUUUACAUUUUACUGCUUCAGGUUUUCCUUUCUUGAUGGGUACCCUCCAAGGGUUCGUUGGCCUUUUGUGUGGCCUUCAGAUCGUCACACAUGCAAUGGGCUUUAGUAGUGGGGGAUUUGUUGAGUCUUGCACUUCCCUGUUGCCUGACCAUUCAUUCGGUGGCGUAGAUAUUUCCCCACAGAGCGGCGCACCACCUUAUAAGGUCAAUGCCAUUGCCGGUGAGGGGGAGUCAAUUAUCGUGAGACUAGGAAGCACGUCACCUGAUGCUCGACGAUUUACAGGGUUCAUGGUGGAUGUCCGGAAAUCAGAAAAUGUUCCUGCCAAGGGAAGUUUUGUUGAGUUUGGUCCUGGAAGUACUGGCUUGAAGUGCGAUGGCAUUCAGGAUUCUGCUGUUACUCAAAAGUCAAACGUUCAAAAGACUUUUGUUCAAGUUAAAUGGCAAGCACAGGAAAAUGGAUCCUCUUCAUUCUUUUUGCGAGCCACAUUUGUUGACAACUUCUCCAUGUUUUGGAGCCCAGUGAAUGUCACUAUCCAGACACCAGCAACAACAACGCCAUCAACUACAACACUAACUUCCGAGCAAAGUACAGAACAACCAACUACAGAACAACCAACUACAGAACAACAAACUACAGAACUACCAAAUACAGACCAACCAAGUACAGAACAACCAACUACAGGACAAACAAUAACAGAACAAACAAGUACAGACCAACCAAGUACAGAACAACCAAUAACAGAACAAACAAGUACAGAACAACCAAGUACUACACUUGGUACACAAUCAACUAUACUUGCGACGCAACCAAGCACUAUACAACUCACCACUACACUUGGUACAAAUCCAAGUGCUACACAAGGUUCAACACCAGCUCCCGAGGGUCCCAGCAGCACUCCUGAUCUCGGGCAGCCGUCAGACAAUGGGCUGUCGAGGCUUUAUCUGGCCGAGGCGUCCCUGAUCUGCAGCCUCACGAUUAACGGGAAUGGCUUCCUGCAGCCACCAACCAUGAAGUUAUUCAGGAUUUUGCAGUGGACUCUCUCGCUGGCAGCCGAGACCAUAUCGUUGACUUUACUUUGUAUAUGGGACUCUGGCUAUAUCCCUCCCAUUGCACUUGUGUCUGUUGUGCUGUUUACUAGUCUUUUAGGUUAUUGCUUGUUAAUAGCUUCUCUGGCCAUUGGACCCAGUCAUGAAUUGAAAAAAAUCCAUGAUGGUGUCUCCAAAGUGGUUACUAUCCUUCACGAGGUGCUCCUCCUCGCUGCAAUUUUCCUGUGUCUUUGGAAGAUCGAGGAGAGUGAUGUUAUGAAGAUUUGCUGUGACAGCCUCUUGCUUCUGGGAGCAAUGGCUGGUUAUGCUGCAUGGAGGUUCCUCUUUAUCCUAAUUUUCCUAUUUAUUAUUUUUCUUUUCAAAACAACAAUGGCACAAAGAAAUCGAAGAGGUUUGUCUAUCCAGUCCUAUUUUUGUGCUUUUAAUGUAACACAUUCCACGAGGGAGAAUCAACUGAACUUGCUCUGUCACAUUUUGUUUGUUGCAGGAAACGAUUAUACUGAUAGCAGAUGUAGGAAGAGCACAGUCAUCAUCUUUAACCUUGGAAAUAUAGCAUUCGCUAUUGCUUUGAUUGUUCUGAUGUUUCCUUGCUUCUGAUAUUUUCUACUGUAGAAAUCCAGUUUCAGAAUGAAACGGAUCAUUUAUUUAAAAUGUCGUCAAAUUACCUUCAUUCAAGCAUUUCCAUUCAUUAUCAUCAGGCAGUUAUUUAUUACAUUUCUGAUUUUGAGAUGAUAGCCCUUAUAAUAUACGAUUUUUGUUCGUUUGAAUUGAUGUAUCAUAAAAUAACAAUUUGUUCAUGCCAUCACGGGUUAACUCAGUGCUGGUGAAGCUUCUGGGUUUUGUUAAAUGCCAAAUGCCAGUGUAAGCAUACAUUUUUUUUUGUUUUGGCAAUCUAGUGUUAUAUGCUAUAUGUGGCUAGAUGCCCCUGAAUUUCAAAUAAAUAUCUCCUGUCUCCUCCACUUUGAGCCAGCUUAUUGUUAGACAUCAGAGAAAUGUGAUACGGCGGAUAUGCCAGACCACUACAUCCAUCUUUACCAACAGCUUUUUAAAGUAUGUCGGAAUUUAUCAUACACAAGAAAUUAAAGAUA